GUCGACAAAGUAAGGGUUCGGUAGCUCGCGAGAUGGCGUCUCUGCUGCAGCCGGAGCGGGUGCUCUAUCUUGUCUCGGGAGAAAAAAAGAUUCGCUCCCCCCUCUCAAAUCUUUACUUUUGCCGGUAUUGCCUUGAAUUGCGGUCUCUGGAAUGUGUGUCACACGAGGUGGACUCGCACUACUGCCCCAGCUGCCUGGAGAAUAUGCCGUCAGCGGAGGCCAAGCUCAAGAAGAACAGGUGUGCCAACUGCUUUGACUGCCCGUGCUGCAUGCACACGCUGUCGACGCGUGCCACCAACAUUCCUGCGCCACUGCCUGAUGACCCGGCCAAGACCACCAUGAAGAAGGCGUACUACCUGGCGUGCGGCUUCUGUCGGUGGACGUCCCGCGACGUUGGCAUGGCCGACAAGUCAGUGGCCAGUGGCGGGUGGCAGGAGCCUGAGAACCCCCAUGCGCAGCGGAUCGCAAAGCUGAUCGAGUUCUACCAGCAGCUGGCGCAACGUGAGAAGCUGGAGCGUGACAGGAAGAAGCUGGCGAGGCGACGGCCCUAUAUGCCUCUGGCCUUCUCGCAACACACUAUUCACGUGGUGGAGAAGUAUGGCUUGGGCACACGGCUGCAGCGCCAGAGGUCCGGAGUGCCACUCAGCAGCCUGUCGGGCCUCUCGCUGAAGGAAGGUGAGGACCAGAAGGAGAUAAAGAUCGAACCUGCUCAAGCGCUGGAUGAGGUCGAGCCUUUGCCAGAGGACUAUUACACGAGGCCUGUGAACCUUCCGGAAGUGACCACCCUGCGUCAGCGCCUGCUGCAGCCCGACUUCCAGCCUGCAGGAGCCCCGCAGAUGCUGCCCAAACACAAGCACCUUCUGAUCAAGCGCUCGUUACGCUGCAGGAAAUGUGAGCACAAUUUGAGUAAGCCAGAGUUCAACCCAACUUCAAUCAAGUUUAAAAUUCAACUCGUGGCGCUGAACUACGUCCCUGAAGUGAGAAUCAUGUCAAUUCCCAACCUUCGGUAUAUGAAGGAGAGCCAGGUGCUGUUGACGCUGACCAACCCGGUGGAGAACGUCACGUGUGUCACUCUGGUGCCGUGUGAGGAGGGCGACCUGGACAACAUCAACAGCACUGCCAAGGUGCUUGUCCCAUCCAAGGAGCUACUACUGGCUGGGAAGGAUGCAGCAGCAGAGUAUGAUGAACUGGCAGAGCCACAGGACUUCCAGGACGACCCUGAUGUGGUGGCUUUCCGCAAGUCCAACAAGAUUGGAUUCUUCAUCAAGGUGACACCCCAGUGCGAGAACCGAGAUGUUACAGUUUCGUUCAAGAUGCGCCAUGACUUCCGCAACCUGUCAGCUCCCGUACGCCCCAGUGAUGAGGGCGAAGCCCCCAGUGAGGCAGUGUGGCUGAGCCACCAUGUGGAGCUGAGCCUUGGGUCCCUGGCUCCCUGAGUGCACCCCACUCACACAGUACACCCUACAUCAGAGGUUACUGUAUGGACAGAGGCCCUCAGUAAUCCACUUCACAGACAAAAGGUCCUGCUAAAACACAACUGCUUCUCCCAUGGGUCGUGUGUGUGCAUGUGCUCAUUUACAUUAAUUUCAUUGAACUUUACUCUCAGUUCGGAAGUAGUGUUCUAACAUCAAUGGCAAAACAGCAUUCUGGGAACUCUUAAAGUUCUCAGUAGGACUCUGUGACGGUAUGUAUGCAAGCUGCUUUGAGUUGGAUUGUCCCAGUGGCCUGGUACAGCCCACACCUCCUCAGCCUCCUUUGGCUCUCUGCCAGAAAUGGCAGAGUUGCACUGGAGGCAUAAAGGUCUGUGGCUUCAUCGUGACUCUUUGUUUUGAUUUAGCAUUUUUAGCUCCCUUGUUUUAGCAAUGACAUUUUGUCCUUCAAGCUGCAAGUAUUUGAGAGAGGCUUAAAUGAAGAUCCAGCAGAGCAACCAGUUCAAAGCCCCGGUGCAGCUGUGUGCAGACUGUCGCAGCCUGUGGGAUUUCAGUUUCAUGUCAGACUGUAUGAAGGCCCUGUUCACUUGAGCGUGUUCAGUUAGGACACAUUCAUUUCACAGGAAUCUCUGUGUGUGUGUGUGUGUGUGUGUGUGUGUGUGUGUGUGUGUGUGUGUGUGUGUGUGUGUGUGCGCGCGCGCGCGCCUGCGUGCAUGCGUGCCGGUGCUGUGCCUGCUCCAUGUUGGUAACUUCUGUUUCCACUCACAUCUGACCAGUACGCUGCGCUUGACAUGUCAUCUGUGACCACAGGGGAGCAGCCUUGCGAUCACAAUGUGUGAUUGAGGCCUCACUUACAUUCACCUUUCCUUGAGUACUGCUUUUGUCACUUAAGCAAAGGAGUCAUUUUAAAGCAAGAUCUAUUAACCACACUACUUAUAAAAUAUUACUCUGGGUUUGUAAUGUGCUCUAUGUUUAACCUGCAUUUGCCAAGUGCUUGCUUGGUGUUCUGGUAACGUCUACAGCUGUUGGGUCAUUCUGGGGAGACUGUCCUCAGCACGAACCACGAGGAGUGUAACUCUGCAUGUUGCCACGUGUCUCCUCACCGCCUCUGCUCUCCCUGCCAUGUGCACAGCCAUACCCUGCUUCUGUUUUUCUCACUGUAAACCUAACUCUCCCCACAGUCACCUGCUUGGUUAGAGGCUCUCUGCACUCGAUAGUCUGAGGAAUUAGACCUCCUUUCUGUUUCUGUAGAUAGUGUGGCAAGUGUGAAUGUACUGUGUUCUCACAGUGUCUGACUUCUGGGAUCUCUCUCCCGAGUCAUCGAACACCGAUUCGUGGUUAUGGUGUUAUUUUUGCAGUUUGAUAAUCAUCGGUUUUAUGGUAACGUGAUGGUCCUGCUCUGUUUUAGAUACUGUGCUUUCCUCCAAUAGCUUUCUUUUUCUGUACUUGUAGCUUCUGAACAUGCCAAUAAAAGAAGUGGUUGCA